UUCACUUCGCCCUCCAGCCGCAUCCGCUGCAGCUUUAGCGCCCGGAGCAGGAGGAGAGCCGCUUGCAGCUUCGAGCGGCCGCGGCCCCGCUUCAGGAGACCCUCCCGCCAGAUCCUCUCGUCGCCCUCCGCCCGCGGCCUCGCCAUGGCGGCCUACUGCAAACGGCAGAUGUGUGUUCCUCCUUCAUAUUGUGACCUUGGCAAAGCUGCCAGAGACAUUUUCAACAAAGGAUUUGGUUUUGGGUUGGUGAAGUUGGAUGUGAAGACAAAGUCCUGCAGUGGUGUGGAAUUUUCAACAUCUGGCUCAUCUAAUACAGAUACUGGUAAAGUAACUGGGACCUUGGAAACCAAAUACAAGUGGUGUGAGUAUGGCUUGACUUUCACAGAGAAAUGGAACACUGAUAACACUCUGGGGACGGAAAUUGCGAUUGAAGACCAGAUAUGUCAGGGUUUGAAACUGACGUUUGAUACCACCUUUUCACCAAAUACGGGAAAGAAAAGUGGAAAAAUCAAGUCUUCUUAUAAACGGGAGUGUAUAAACCUUGGCUGUGACAUCGACUUUGACUUUGCUGGGCCCGCGAUUCAUGGCUCAGCCGUGUUUGGGUAUGAGGGCUGGCUUGCUGGCUACCAGAUGACCUUUGACAGUGCCAAAUCCAAGCUGACAAGGAAUAACUUUGCAGUGGGCUACAGGACCGGGGACUUCCAGCUACACACCAAUGUCAAUGAUGGGACAGAAUUUGGAGGAUCAAUUUAUCAGAAAGUCUGCGAAGAUCUUGACACCUCGGUAAACCUUGCUUGGACAUCAGGUACCAACUGCACUCGCUUUGGCAUCGCAGCUAAAUACCAGUUGGAUCCCUCUGCUUCCAUUUCCGCAAAAGUCAACAACUCUAGUUUAAUUGGAGUAGGCUACACUCAGACUCUGAGGCCCGGUAUGAAGCUCACACUGUCUGCUCUGGUAGAUGGGAAGAGCAUUAAUGCUGGAGGCCACAAACUCGGGCUUGCCCUGGAGCUGGAGGCUUAAGCCAGCCCAAGAAACCUCUGGGAAAUGAUGUCAGAUUUGGCCUUAAUAUAUUUCCAUUGUGACCAGCAGGCUUCUCUCUCCCCUCUCUCCCACCCCCAAAGAAGGUGAUCAAACAAAGGGUGAUCUAAAUAAGAACUGUAUUUUAAAUAUUUAGACGGCUACUUGUUAGCUGGUUUCUAGUUGAAUUGGUUACCUACCUAGUUACCAGUGCUGCGCCAUGCAGUCACCUAUACAUUAUUUAAAUGUAUUUAACUGUUCAAUGAGCUGCCCACCAAUAAUGAAAUAGACCUUUAUGAAAACUGUGCAAUUGUGUGCAUGUUUGUUUUUAUGUUCCUUUUAACAUUGACUAUUGCCAUUGAAGGAGAUGGAUCAGUGGAUAAUUUAAGAUGAGGCUUUUUUUUCUGUUCAGCCAUUAUUAGUUACUUUUGGUAUCCUUAAUUAUUACAAAUUAUGAAUAAAAUAAGUAUAAUGAA